AUGACGACCGCCACGCUUUCCGACCUCCUCGCCCUGAAGCUCCCGUCCGAGGAGUGCAUUGCAGAGUACGUCUGGACGGACGGCUUCGGCAAGCUCCGCAGCAAGGCGCGCGCGCUCUCCUCAGCGCCGUCAGCCCCAUCCGACCUCCCGCACUGGAACUACGACGGGUCGUCGACCGGGCAGGCGCCAGGCGAGAACUCGGAGGUCAUCCUGCAUCCGCAGGCGGUGUACCCGGACCCGUUCCGGGGCGCACCCCACAUCCUGGUCAUGUGCGACACGUACACGCCGGACGGCGAGCCGAUCCCCACCAACUCGCGCUUCGAGUGCCAGCGCGUCAUGACCAAGGUGGCCGCGCUGGAGCCGUGGUUCGGCCUGGAGCAGGAGUACUUCCUCAUGGACCCGGCGACGGGCAAGCCGGUUGGGUUCCCGACCAAGGGCGAGCCGGAGCCGCAGGGGCCGUACUACUGCGGCGUGUCGGGCGGCAAGAUGCACGGGCGCGACGUGGCCGACGCGCACUUUAAGGCGUGCUUGUACGCCGGCAUCAAGAUCUCGGGCAUCAACGCCGAGGUGGCGCCCGGGCAGUGGGAGUUCCAGAUCGGGCCGGCCGUGGGCAUGGAGGAGGGCGACAUGCUGUGGAUGGCGCGGUACCUGCUGGAGAGGAUUGCCGAGCUCAAGGGGCUGGACGUCAACUACGACCCGAAGCCGGUCAAGGGCGACUGGAACGGCUCGGGGUGCCACGCCAACUUCUCGACCACGCCCAUGCGCGAGGCGGGAGGGUACGAGGCGCACAUCGUGCCGGCGCUGGAGAAGCUCUCCGCUAAGCACAGGGAGCACAUCGCGGCGUACGGCGCGGGCAACGAGGAGAGGCUCACCGGGCACCACGAGACGGCGUCCAUCGAGACGUUCAAGUGGGGCGUCGCCGACCGCGGCGCCUCGUGCAGGGUCGGCACGGACACGGUGGAGAAGGGAUACGGAUACUUUGAGGACCGGCGCCCGGCGGGCAAUUGCGACCCGUACAUCGUGACGAAGAUGCUGGUGCAGACUUGCUGUCUUGAUGAGUGAUCUGACGCGCGUUUUCUCUCGUUUUUUUUUGGGGGGCCGCGGCGGGCGGGCGAUUAGUGUGCGUGCGUGGUGCAUGCGCGGAGUUGACGAGACCGUGGUGGACUUACGUCCAGGACAAUAAAGAUGCUAUACUGUAACGGUACUGUACACGCGCUCACGAGCUAGAGCGAUGUGGCAUAGCGACUUUGCAUGCA